CUGCAGGUAAUAGCUUAAAACGCUCCGGAGUUGCUCAUUCGAAGUAUUAGUUUCCAAGGGACAACAUGGCGCAGACGGAGGAUACGGUGCAACCGCUUUUGCAGCAGUUUCAGCAACUGUUCUUCGUAUCCAAGUUAGCCGGAAUUCUGCCGCAGGAUCUGGAGAAGUUUCGCUCGAGGAAUCUGCUGGAGAAAUCGCGCAAUGGCAUGAUCUACAUGCUGUUCACCCUGCUGGUCUACGUGGUGCUCUACAACAUUCUAAUCUACUCCUUUGGGGAGGAGGACCGCACACUGAAGGCCUCGCAGAGCACCUUGACCUUCGUGAUUGGCUUGUUUCUGACCUACAUUGGCCUCAUCAUGAUGGCCACCGACCAGUUGACCGCCUUAAGAAACCAGGGCAGGAUUGGCGAGCUCUACGAGAGGAUUCGCCUGGUGGACGAGCGGCUGUACAAGGAGAAGUGUGUGAUGGACAACAGCACAAUUGGUAGGCGCAUCAGGAUUAUGCUCGUCAUGACGGUCAUCUUUGAGCUGUCCAUUUUACUGGCCACGUAUCUAAAACUGGUGGAUUAUACCCAAUGGAUGUCUUUGCUUUGGAUUGUCUCCGCCAUUCCCACUUUCAUCAACACGCUGGACAAGAUCUGGUUUGCUGUAUCGCUGUAUGCGCUAAAGGAACGCUUCGAGGCCAUUAACGCCACGCUGGAGGAGCUGGUAACCACGCACGAGAAGUACAAGCUGUGGCUGCGGGGCGAUCAGGAGGUGGCAGCUCCUCUGGACAGCUCCCAGCCGCCGCAGUAUGACAGCAAUCUGGAGUAUCUGUACAAGGAGCUGGGGGGCUUGGACAUGGGUUCCAUUGGCAAGGGUUCGGGAAAAAACAAGGUGGCCCCGGUGGCCCACUCCAUGAACUCUUUUGGCGAGCCCAUCGAUGCGGUUUCCGGUAAACCUCCACCGCAUCCGCUAGCCUCCAAUAUGGUCCACGAAAGCGAGCUGGGAAAUGCCGCCAAAGUGGAGGAGAAGCUAAACAAUCUGUGCCAGGUGCACGACGAGAUUUGCGAGAUCGGCAAGGCCAUGAACGAGCUGUGGAGCUACCCCAUCCUAUCUCUGAUGGCCUAUGGAUUCUUGAUUUUCACGGCUCAAUUGUAUUUCCUCUACUGCGCCACCCAAUUCCAGUCGAUUCCAUCGCUCUUUCGCUCCGCCAAGAAUCCCUUUAUCACGGUCAUCGCUUUGAGUUACACCUCCGGCAAGUGUGUGUACCUCAUCUAUCUGAGUUGGAAGACAUCGCAGGCCUCCAAGCGCACCGGAAUCAGUCUGCACAAAAUCGGAGUGGUGGCUGAUGAUAAUUUGCUUUACGAAAUUGUUAACCACCUGUCGCUGAAGCUGCUCAAUCACUCGGUGGACUUCUCCGCCUGCGGCUUCUUUACUUUGGACAUGGAGACGCUGUAUGGCGUGAGUGGCGGCAUCACCAGCUAUCUGAUCAUCUUGAUUCAGUUCAAUUUGGCCGCCCAGCAGGCCAAGGAGGCCAUCCAGACAUUUAAUUCGUUGAAUGACACCGCUGGGUUGGUUGGUGCCGCCACCGAAAUGGAUAAUGGCAGCUCCACGCUGCACGACCUGGUCACCACCACCAUGUUGACUCCAGCGGGCUAA